AUGAGUUCCUACCAGUUCGUCAACUCGCUCGCGUCCUGCUACGCGAACGCCCAGGCCCAGCAGCAGCAGCAGCAACAGCAGGGCCCUCGGGGCACCGCUGCCUCACCGGGUGAGCCCCUGCAGGCCGCCUCGCCCGCGGCCGGCGCCGACUACUACAAUCCGAACACGGCGAGCACGGGCUACCCGACGCCCUGCUACUCACCCCAGCAGCACUACCCGCAGCACCCGUACGCGACCCCGGCCGCGACCAUGCAGCACCCCGCGCCCACCGGCAUGAUCGACUACACGCAGCUCCAGCCCCAGCCCCGGCUCAGCGCCACGGCGACCUCGCAGCACAACCUCCACGCUGCCCAGCAGAACCAGCACCACCAGCAGCACCUCCAGCAGCAGCAGCAGCAGCUGCACCCGGAUCCCACGAGUCCGCUGCUGCAGGCCGCUGCGGUGGCGGCAGCGGCAGCGGCGGCCGGAGCCUCGACCUCCAGCUGCAAGUACGCCGAGUCGGUGGCCUCGACGAACGUCGCCUCGCCCCAGGACCUCACCACCUCGACGAACGCGAGAAACAGCCCGGCACCGGGUCUCGGGCCCGGGACCAGCAAGGCCGGUGUCAGCGGACAGCUCACCUCGCCGGCAGGAGGCUCGUCGAGGUCCGCGGCUGCCGCGGCCGCCUCGGCCUCGUCGCCGCCCAGUGGAAGUGGCCGCGGGGGCGAGGGUAGCUCCACGCUGACGACGGCCUCGUCCGCCUCGUCGCCGGCAUCCUCGACGUCCAGCACCAGCAGCACCGGCAACAACUCCUCGAACAAGGGCAACGGCUCCGGGGGUAACCCGCCGCAGAUCUAUCCCUGGAUGAAGAGGGUUCACAUUGGGCAGAGCACGGUGAACGCGAACGGCGAAACGAAGCGCCAGAGGACCUCGUACACCAGGUACCAGACGCUCGAGCUCGAGAAGGAGUUCCACUUCAACCGCUACCUGACCAGGCGGCGUCGAAUCGAGAUCGCGCACGCUCUCUGCCUGACCGAGCGCCAGAUAAAGAUCUGGUUCCAGAACAGGCGCAUGAAGUGGAAGAAGGAGCACAAGAUGGCCAGCAUGAACAUCGUGCCGUACCACAUGUCGCCCUACGGGCAUCCCUACCAGUUCGCCCCGCACCCGGGACAGUUUGCCCAUUUGGCCACAUAGGACGAGUUCUCGCCCGCCGACCUCGGAGCUCACGCUGUCCGGUUUCCCGGCAUGUACGGCGAGCAGAAUUUCUAAGCGGAAACUUUUGUUCUUCUUCUCGAACAAUCUCAUGGCUACGCUCUCUUCUCUUCUCUUCUCUUCUCUUCUCUUGCCUCCUCGCGAUCGACUCGGCCUCUUCGACUUUGGCCGUUUUUAAAAUCAUUGCAGCAAUGAGUACACUCGUACACGCACGAGCCAAAGUCGAAAAGGAGGAGACGCGUAGCGCAACGCCCCUCGGCUAAAAAGAGCGAUCGAGAAGCACAUCCGCGCUCCGGUUUUGCGAAUCGCAUCGCCGAGAGUAAGAGAGAGAGAGAGAGAGAGAGAGAGAGAACGAAGCCAAAGUUUCUGCCUGCCGUACAGCGCCACACGAGUGGAAAGUGAAAGAAAAAACACGAUCCACACACUCACACACCGAUAGACUGGACGCGCUCCGAGGGACUCUCGCUCUCGCGCCGCACACUGCCGCUGCCGCUCGUCCACGUAAAUUAUAUAUACGCGCGCGAAUCGCGAAACGCAAACUGAAAUAAAAGUAAUAAGGGCGAAUCGCGGCCGAGCGUGUCGAGCGCAUCGAGAAUCCGACUCAGCGGGCGAGGAUAACCGAAACUCUAGUGAUUAAGCGUAUUAGGGAAGUUUAUUAGAUUAUGCAUUAUAUUAUAAAUAAAGGCAAAGGAGUACGCGGAUUUCUUCUCGGCACACUGUAUUCUGUACUUUUAGCGAGCUCUCAUAUGUCUCGAUCCUCCGAGAGGAUUUUUAACGAUAUUCGUAUAGAAAUUAUAUUGUGGUCUCGUAUAUAUUAUCUCAUAUUGUGUUAUACGUUUUCUCCGUUUCUAUCUGAUGACAUUUUUCGCGGAAUGUGAGAAUCCCUCUUUGAAAAACGCAAUAAGUAAAUCAUAGGUCAGCCCCUUAACGCUCGACUCGAGACCCGCAAGUAUUUUCCAUGUUUGUAAAAAAGAAAAAGAAAA